CACUUGAUUUCGGCAUUGGCGGGCUUGGACGGCACUCUGGAUCCACGUGGGUUCCCCAGAAAAGGCAACUGCAAGGGAUCGCUGUCACUGCCAUUGGCAAACUUUCGGAUUGUUUACUUUCGCUCUGAGCAUUCCCAACCUUUUAUUCGGAGCGACGCCCCAAUUCUUUGCCCAAUACCUCUACCUUUUGGAUAUUUUGCAUAGCACCAGCCACAGUUCUUCUUGUAUCAUGUUCAUUCGAUACGCUACUAUCGCGCUAUCGCUAUGCGCUGCGGCACUCACAGCUCCUACCGAGAAACGUCAGGUCGCUUUCAAUUGGGGCAGCGAGACAAUCCGCGGUGUCAACAUUGGAGGUUGGCUGGUUCUUGAACCGUGGAUCACGCCUUCCUUGUUCGACAAAGUCAAUAAAGACCGUCCUCAGAGAGACAUCGUCGACGAGUACACAUUGGGCGAAAAGCUUGGCCAUGAUGCCGCUCUCGCAGUGCUUCGUACUCACUGGAAUACAUUCACAACAUGGGAAGACUUCAGAAGAAUCAGAGAUGCCGGCUUCAACAUUGUACGAAUCCCAAUCGGCUACUGGGCGUAUGACACAUUUGGCUCGCCUUAUGUGGAAGGUGCAAACGUGUACAUAGACGCUGCCAUUGACUGGUCGCGCAGCCUGGGGCUCAAGAUCGUCAUUGACCUUCAUGGCGCACCCGGCUCCCAGAACGGCUAUGACAACUCUGGUCAGCGUCUUGAUGUCCCCAAAUGGCAAUCUGGGGACACUGUCAAACAGACAUUGCAAGUCUUGAAGACUGUUUCUGCCCAGUAUGCACAGCCACAGUAUCAAGAUGUCAUCGUGGGCAUCCAGCUGCUGAAUGAGCCCGCCAUGUAUUUCGACAGCGUCAGCGAGGACGUGACACGCCAGUUCUACCGAGACGGAUUCCAACAGGUCCGCGAAACCUCCGACACGACUGUCAUUCUGCACGACGGGUUUAUCCGCCCAAAUCAGUGGAACGGCUUCCUCACACCCUCCGAUAACAAUGCGCAAAACGUCGCUGUCGACCAUCACGAGUAUCAGGUCUUCAACAACGACCUCAUCCAGCUCAAACCCUCCCAACACAACCACAAAGUAUGCGACCUGGCCGACGCGUACGGCGGCGCCGACAAGUGGACAUUCGUCGGCGAGUGGUCAGGCGCAAUGACCGACUGCGCACAGUACCUCAAUGGCCUGGGGCGCGGCGCCCGAUACAACGGCACCCAUCUGGGCGCCCCGUACCAGGGCGACUGCAGUUUCGCCAACGACUGGAGCAAGUGGGACCAGGCGCGCAAGGACGACACGCGCAAGUACAUCGAGACGCAGAUCUCGGCCUUCGAGGCAAAGACACAGGGCUGGUUCUUCUGGAACUUCAAAACAGAGAAUGCGUUCGAGUGGGAUGCGCUGGCGCUCGUCGACGCGGGCGUGUUCCCCGCCAUCCGCGGCGGCCUCGUCGAGUACAAAUUCCCCAAGGUCUGUACAAACUUCUAUUAGGCGUGGAAGACAUGGUUCGACAAGAUCUGGACAUGACGCUGCGGUCGGCCUUGGCUUCCGGUCACGCUGUGCGAGGCAUUGUUACGCACGCAAAUAUAGCUCCGUAGAUGUUUACUGUUGCGACACCCCAGUCCACCAAUCGAAAGCCCCGCCACCCUUGCACCGCGGCAUCAUCGCCCACGAGGAUAUGCUUUCCCGCCGCCCAGCCCUCGAGCAUUCGAUCCCCAGCCGCGCCUUGGCACGGCCCCAUUUCUGCCCCCGAUGCACACCGCGCUCGUUCACGCCCCACGUCC